ACUUGUCAGGGCAACUAUCCACAGCCUCGUUACGAUGCUCAAAGUGAUAGCUCAACCAUGACAGCAUCACAGCCUCAGUCCAGCACGUAAUCAAAAGAUCCUCAUAUCCCGCUGGAUGUGAACAAGCCGAGACGCGCGCGCGACGCGUGACCCUUAAUUCCAUUCAACCAUCUCAUCUAUCUUUUCCAUCAUGAAUCGACUCGACUUUCUGGGCCUGCCCAGUCAGGAUCCCAACCGAGUCAUCUCCUUCCCGGCCUCGCAGUCCCUGCACGCGUCGACCGCGUCGGCUGCCUUAGGCAACAAGACCGUCUCGACGGGGCUCCCCCAGCUCGACGAGGCAGUCACCCCGCCCAUCGAAGAUGAUCUCCAAGGCUUCGGGGAUCUGCAGAGCAAGGGUCUACCGUGUGGUCAUGUCACGGAGAUUUUCGGGCCCCCGGGAGCAGGCAAGACCGCCAUAGCCCUAAACACCGCAGCAACAGCCCUAGCCAAGGGCGAAAAGGUCGUCUGGAUAGACACGGGCCCCCCACUUCCCCGCCGCCAACUCAGCCGCCUUCUCGCUGCACAGCAACAAGAAAACCAAUCUGAUCCCAGCAAUCAAGCCCAAAGUCUCAUCCAUAUCCACGCGCCAACCCUCCCGCAUCUCCUCUCCCUCAUCCACCACCCACCCCCCAACUUCCCCCCACCGUCCACCACCCUUUUAGUGGUUGACUCCAUCUCCGCCCCCUUCCCCCCGUACUUCCCCAACCCGAGCGACCAACGCGCCGCCCUGAGCGCCGGCUCGCAGGUGCAUGACAAAGCCCACGUCCAGUGGCUGGUCAACCGCAAAUGGAACGUGCUGAGCGAUCUGGCGACGCAGCUGGCCAAGCUGGCCAGUACGGCCGGCGGAGGCGCAGGAAACAUGGCCGUCCUGGUGACGAACCAGACCCACACCCGGAUUCGGGGCCAGGUGCGGGCAACGCUGUGUCCUGUGGUGGCGGGGUCGGCGGCCUGGGAGAGUUGUGUGUUUACACGGGUGGUGGUCUAUCAGGAUUUCGUUGAGUCGGGGAGGGAGGGAGAAGGGGGAUGGAGGAAGGGGAGGGUAGUGGAGGUGAUGAAGAGGGGGGGGAGGGUGGUUCGCGGGCGGGUGGAUGGGCUGUACGCUUUGGAUACACCUUCUCCUCCACCAGCUGAAGAACGAGACGAACAACCAGCGCAGAUCGUCGUGGAAGCAAGCUCUACCCAGGAAGCCGAAGCCUCGGCCAGCCAACGGAAGCGCAAAGCGGAGGAGAUCGCCGACAGCCAGGAUGAAGAGGACUCCGAGGGAGAGUUCGGGUGGAUCGGAGGUGAUGAGGUGGAUGCUGGGUCGCUGGAUGGGAAUUAACCACCCUCACCUCCUUGUACAGGGCUCUUUUCGAGAAGUCUUCCGACUGUGACUGGACUGACCUGUAUUAAUCGCUCACUAUCCUGACAUCGUGAUGCGGAAUUAGAACCUGGAAAUUAGAUACACACACAGAGACACAUGCAC